CAGAGGAACAGUGAGAGAGGAACAGAGAGAGCUUGAAUUAACAGCAGCCGACUUGAACACUUCCUUAAACACCGUUGAAGAUUUGUCAAAGCCGAAACUCCGGUAAACGCUUGGGUCAAGCACCUAACCGGUGCAAACUCUCGACUAAACGAGAACGUUUCCAGCUCAGCGGAAGAGGUGGCUUAUAUGAGCGGUCACCAUGGCGCCCUUCCUGCGUAUCGCCUUCAAUGCUUAUGAUGUUGGAGCACUGGGUCCUCUGUCCGACCCUCCAAUCUGUGCCAUCAAGAUGAAGGAGUCUGUCAACACAGAGCGAGGAAUGACCCUGGUCCAGAGGAAGCCAACCAUGUAUCCAGCCUGGAAAUCCACUUUUGAUGCUCACAUCUAUGAGGGGCGCGUCCUGGAGGUGGUCCUUAUGCAGAGCACUGAGGAGCCACUGGCCAAAGCCACAGUCGGCGUGACUCUCCUGGCAGAGCGUUGUAAGAAAUCAAAGACCAACAGUUCUGCUGAGUUCUGGGUGGACCUGCAUCCUACAGGGAAGGUCCAGAUGGCUGUACAGUUCUUCCUGGAGGACUGUGAUGCAGUACCAAUUAAGCCAUCAUUGAAGACUUCUCUUGAGGAUGGACUUACAACACUCAACAGAAGGAGAGGAGCAUUCAAGCAGCCCAAGGUUCAUGUCAUCAAGAACCACGAGUUCACUGCCACCUUCUUUGGCCAACCCACCUUCUGCUCUGUCUGCAAAGAGUUCCUCUGGGGCCUCAACAAGCAGGGUUACAAGUGCAGACAAUGCAAUGCAGCAAUCCACAGGAAAUGCAUCGAAAGCAUCAUUGGCAGGUGCACUGGGACCGCAACCAACAGUCGUGACACUAUGUUCCAGAAAGAGCGCUUCAAGAUUGACAUGCCGCAUCGCUUUAAGUUCUAUAACUACAAGAGCCCCACGUUCUGUGACCACUGUGGCAGUCUGCUGUGGGGUCUCUACAAACAGGGUCUGAAAUGUGAAGACUGUGGCAUGAAUGUACACAGUUACUGUCAGAAGAAAGUGGCCAAUCUGUGUGGAAUCAACCAGAAACUCCUAGCAGAGGCCCUGUCUCAAGUCAGCCAGAAGUCAAGUGUGAGGAAAUCUGACUCUGCUGGGACACCAGAUAUUGGGAUCUACCAAGACAUGAAAAGUGCAACAGUGGACCCUAGUGCAGGUGGAGAUAGCAAGGCACAUGAGGAUGUGAGCCCUGCUCCAGCUGCACCCACAUCCCCACGGGUACGCCUUUCUCUCAACCAACUGGUUCUGCACAAGGUGCUUGGAAAAGGCAGCUUUGGCAAGGUGCUGCUGGCAGAGCUGAAGGGACAGGGGCAGUACUUUGCCGUGAAAGUACUGAAGAAAGACGUGGUUCUCAUGGACGAUGAUGUGGAGUGCACUAUGGUGGAGAAGAGAGUCCUGGCCCUCGCCUGGGAGAACCCGUUCCUCACACACCUCUACUCCACAUUCCAGUCUAAAGAGCACCUGUUCUUUGUGAUGGAGUACCUGAAUGGAGGUGACUUGAUGUUUCACAUCCAAGUAAAUGGCCGCUUUGAUGUCAUCAGAUCCACGUUCUAUGCAGCUGAGAUAAUUGUAGGACUGCAAUUCCUCCACUCAAAAGGAAUAAUCUACAGAGAUCUAAAGCUGGACAAUGUGAUGCUGGACAAAGAUGGACACAUAAAGAUAGCAGACUUUGGCAUGUGCAAAGAGAAUGUGUUUGGAGAUGCCAGAGCCACCACAUUCUGUGGGACACCAGACUACAUUGCACCAGAGAUCCUGCUAGGACAGAAGUACACCUUCUCAGUUGACUGGUGGUCUUUUGGUGUGUUGGUGUAUGAAAUGCUGAUUGGUCAGUCACCUUUCCAAGGCGAUGAUGAGGAUGAGUUGUUUGAGUCCAUCAGGUCAGACACCCCUCACUACCCUCGAUGGAUCACCAAGGAGGCAAAGAGCCUGCUAGAGCUGUUGUUUGAGCGAGAUCCAUGUCGCAGGUUAGGUGUGGUUGGAGACAUCCGUGCACACCCAUUCUUCCGAAACAUCAACUGGCCAGCACUGGAGAGGAGAGAGGUCACUCCUCCCUUCAAGCCCAAAGUGAAAUCCCCUGGAGACUGCAGCAAUUUUGACAGAGAGUUCCUGAGCGAGAAGCCGCGUCUCUCCCACGCCGACAAGAACCUCAUCGACUCUAUGGACCAGACAGCCUUCUCUGGCUUUUCCUUUGUCAACCCCAAACUGGAACACAUGAUAAGAAAAUGAAAAGCAAAAUGGCUCCCCUGGCAAUAUUGUUAAAAUAGGCUCUAGGCCUAAAAACUUUGUCUACUUAGGGUCAACUGGAUGAAAAGAUUUGGACUUGACUGUACGGGAGGAUAAUAUAAUAUAAAACCAGUGUUUGCUGAUGUCUAAAGCAAUAAUUCUGUCCCAGCUGUCACACUGUAUACAGUAGGUGUAUUAAAGAUUAUAAAACUGCAGGAAAUUGAGGGACAUCUACUUUAAUCGAUGCUGCGGGGGCUCAGUGAUUUCUUGUUUUUGUCAAUACUGCUUGUGAUCACUUUUUAAACCCAUAUGAAUAAUCUAAUGUACUGUAUCUAGAAAUUGAAUUCACAGGGACAUAUAUGCCAUUCUUUUUAAGUUAUACAAGUAUAUAAACUAGACAUUGCACACACUAGAGUUCAGCAGUACAUUUGUACUCUUCCCUGUUUGCCCUGCCAAUCCUAUGCCUUCUAUUAUGCUCAACCUGUGUGUUAUCAAACACAAAUGUAUAGGUAUCCUUUAAGAUGUAUAUGGUGCUACUGUAGUCAGUUUUGAAUAAAUCCUCUGCUGAUCCCUCUGACUGACAGAUAAAAGCAUCAAAGAAAGAAUUCUACUGUAAGAACAGGGGACAUUUAAAUCCCAUGGAAUUGGCAUCAUGAUAAUACAGAGCUGAAUUGUUUCCUGUGCCCUGUCUUUAGAAAUUUGAGGUGCAUAAAGAGCACCUCACGUACUCUCAAAAGACUAAUUUUUAUGUUCUGCACAGAGUCUAAGUGGCAGUUUUCUACUCCCUUAGGUGCCGUUUCUGUCAAACCUCUUGCUGGACAUCCAACUGAAACAUAAUGCAAAGAAUCAACCCAUGCAUAAUUUUUGUCUUGGCUAUCAUCAGACUUACUAUUAAGUUGCAGCAGUAGUGCAGUACUCAAGCUGAACAUCUCUGUAUGUUGGAGGAUGUGUUGUUUUGUAUAGGAGAGCUGGGCAUUUCACUGUAAGCAUAUGGUCUUUUAUGUAUUAUACAACUUGAAUGUAGGAAUUUUAACAUAAAAAUAAUAGAUCUGUAUAUGGCAAAUUUAUGUCUUUAUCCUGAGCUGUCUGUGAAGUAUUGGUAUACUUUUUUACUCUCCUCAUCUUUUACAUUUGAUUAUAAAUAAAUAUGU